AUGGGCGCCAACUGCUUUGAAUUGAUUGAAAUCGACGACCAAAUCACGAAGCCCUUGAACUUGGCCAACUCGGCCGUUCUGCGCGCCGUCGAAGAAGAAGAACAACAAGCCAAAUGUGAUUUUUACCCCACUGAAAGACAGAGUCGUCGUCGUCAACGUGGCGAGGGGGAUGCACUGCAUCACACUCUCCACCAGCAGCUACUGGAUCAGAUCAAAACGGAUUAUCUCAGCCAUCAGCAGGAUAUAACCAUCGAUAGGGAUACGGUUCUCAAGAUAAAUCGCCUGGCAACCAAAAGGCAUCUGCUCAAAAGAGAUCACAGUUGGCCACCACUAGAACAAGAUGUGACUGCCAAUCCCGAUCAGAAUCACCAGAUCUCCUCGUAUCCCUCGCACAGUAUUGAAGCUCUGAGGGAGAAGUUCCAGAGUCCCACGAUGAUUGUGGAACCCACGGCAAAGCAAGUGAGGGAAAUGCGACAAAGGAAGGGAAACUCCAAGGAGAGAUCCCGAACUCCCCAGAGAGUUUCCAAAGAACGAGAUCUCGCCGAGGUUUACCAUCAAACUCCAGUUGCCAAGGGAUUCUCCGCUCCCGAAACCAAAGCAGCUGAUGUGGAUUUGGGUUUGGUGGCACCCAGAUGUGAAUACUACGAGCAGUUGGCACAGAAACGCCCAGCCACGCCCACUUUGCCCACUCCAGUUAAUACCUACAGGCCAAGAAAUAAGAGACAAGCUUACUCCUUGGAUCGUGGAAGAUCUCGAAAGAGGAUCGUAGGUGAUCCGGAAUUGCCGCCACCGAAACCACGAACUUGCAAGCCAAAAGUGCAACGCAGAUGCAUUAAACUUGCAACGGAGGUGAAGAUCUCCUACGGACACGAUGGCGACAACGAGGAGGAGCCCGCUUCUGGCCAAGAUUACGUGGACUUGGAGGCCUUGCCGCUGCCACCGACACCAACACCAGCUGCCGUGCAUCUCAAUCAAGCGAAGACAGCACAGCGAAUGGGUAACCACCAGGUAAUUGACAACCUGGCAGUUAAGCAGCAGCAGCAGAUGGCUCUGAAUUUGGCCAAAAACGUGGGAAUCGGCCAGUCCAACAGUCCGAGGGACUCGGCCAACACUCGCAUUGUGCCCGUUCGCGUGGAAAGCCCAAAGGGUGAUCCGUUGGUCAGGUUGAGUGCCCAGCAGAUCUACGACGACGCCUGUUCGUAUCUGCAGGAUCAGGAGCAGGACAUGGAGGAGGAGCACAUCCAAGUGGAGAGUCCCACCUUUGUGAGUGCCAAGGGUGGGAUAAAGCUACUCCAGCGACAGGGAAGCUCCAGCACACCAACCCCUCCAGUUCCACAAACACCAACUACUCCAAUUCCACCUCCGCCUCCUCCUCAGCCGCCAGUUAUGCGCACCAAGUCUGGCCAGGAUUCGCAGCUGAAGGAUAAGCAGAGUAGAAGGCAGGGUGGCAUCUAUCACCUGGAAACUUCAACGGAGAAGCAGCACGAGGCGCAUGUGGAGAUUGCCCAGCUGGAGGCGAAGUAUGCUCACAUCCAGCAAUCCAUAGCUGAGCAUCUCCUGCAAAUCGAUGCCUACAUGGAGAAUGCCAAGCAGGCGCUGCAGAGGAGUGCCCAAACCACUCCAGUUCCCACUCCACCACCACCACCUCCUCCUCCGCCUCCUCCAUCAAGUGGAUUACCAGCGAGACCCAUCAGCACGGGUUCCAACGAAUCCUGGGACAUCUUCACCCACCGACAGUCACCCAUUUUGGCGGUGGAGAGUCCACUCCAAGCGAUUCUCCGCCAGAUUUACACCCGAGCAGCUGGUUUGCCCACCAGACUCUCCAAGGAGAUUAAGGAGGAUGUAACCACUGCCAAAGGAGAGGUGGAGGAGGAGGAGGUUUCCCUCACCGAGAACGUGCCUAUUGUGGAGCGAGCUCUCGAGGAUCUGCACAAGAUUGCAGUCGCAUUGGAAAAUCGAAAACCGGAAACGGAAAAAACGGAACACGUAGAAGUCCGGACAACGCCAGCUGUCAUUGAGGCGGAACACGUAGUCAUCAAGGAUGAGGAUGGGGAUGAGGAUGCGGAGGAGGAUGUGGAGUACAGACACGUAUCGGAUGUAAUUGCCAACUAUGAGCAGUUGGCCAAGAAGGAGUUCGAGGAGUGGCAAGAGGAGCAGGUGGUUAAGAAGGAAGCGGAACCUAAAACCGAAUUGCGAAAAGCCAUCGAAGAGCAGUUGGCCAAAAAGGGAUUAAAAGAGAGUAAAAAGGAUUUACAAGGGGAAGAAAAAAAGGAUGUUCUACCUAAAUUGAUUAUAAAGGAUACAAAACAGGAUAAAAGUAAGGAAUUACUAACCAAAAAGAAAGAUGAACCAGUUAUAAAAGAAUUUUCACAGGAAAGUAAAAAGAUUUUAGAAGAAAAUUCAAUUAGAAAAGAUCUUGAGGAAAAGGAAAACCUGGAAAAGGAUACCUCCUGCUCCCAUGAAGACUCCUCCUUAACUUAUUGUCCAGUUUGUGAUGAAAUGCGAUGUUCCCCCAACAAUUGGGGUAAACUAAAUAAAGCCGAUCAAUGGCGUAUUGCCAAUCUUCAAAAUGAGCCCAUUAGAAAUUAUAAAGCCACCUAUGAGGUGAGAAGUCCUUAUAUUUCGAGGCAGAUCUCCUGGGAGGAUACGCAGUCCAUUAAGGAGAACACUCCCACUGAGAAACUCCAAAGACAGCGGAGUUUCGUGGAGAUUGUGACCACGCCAGCUACAGAUUCUCCACCACCAUCGCCACCGCCUCCUCCUCCUCCUUUUCCUCCUUCUUCUUCUUCUGGUUUGAAGAACCUCCAGGAACCGGAAACGGAAGUCACCUGGGAAAGGAGUCGCUCGCCCAGUCCGCUGCCCUCUCGCAAGUAUCCCGCUCCACUCAUCGAGGCUCCUCAGCGUUCCAGUUCCCCUUAUGGUCUCAAUCCUGUCCAGAAGAAAUCCACAUCAUCGCCAGUAAAUCUUCCUGCGAAAUUCACCCAUGUGCCGCAGUUGGAGGGCCACAACAUUGGACUCCUGGUGAAGACAGCCACGGAGCCACUGCAGCAAAGCAUGUCGGCAUCCUCCUCAAUGCUGGCUGCCACGCCCCCAGCCACGCCCCGUUCUGCGGCACAGCCCUCGCCCUUCGAUUUUCCCAGUAAUCUUGAAUCCGGAGAAUUGAAUAAGUUUAGAUCCCUGGCUUCCUUCGACGAGGUGCAGCGAGAUUUCAGCGUUAACCGAUCCUUCGAUAAUGUGUCACCACGUCCAUAUCUUGGCAUUGAAGGGUACAAGCGCGUGGCCUGGCCACCGGCCUCCGAGGAGCGGAUCAUCCGGGAGUUCACCCCCCAGCCGCAGACCCAGAGUCCGGCUCCCGGUUCCGGAGGAUACUAUCCGCAGAGCCACGCCCCCGCUCCCGCAGCCGCCCACUCUGCUGCCCCACCACCACAGGGUCCCAUUUAUAACAACGUCCAGCCGCGCAGCACCACCCAACCACCAGCAACAGCACCACCCACUGAACCCACCACCCAGUUCCAACCAGAUAGUUAUCCCGCACAACCUGUGCAAUACACACAGGCCCAGUUCAAUAGGCAGCGCUCGAGGGAACCCGUCCAGGUCCCGGCUCCAACUCAAGCUACCCAACCUGGCUAUGAUUACCCGCCACCCGGCAGUAAUCAGUCCAACUACCAGUCGAGCUAUCCGGCUAACCAGUCGAACUAUCCGGCUAACCAGUCGAGCUACCCGGCUAACCAGUCGAGCUAUCCGGCUAACCAGUCGAGCUAUCCGGCUAACCAACAGCAGGCUAACCAGCAGGCUAACUAUCCGGGCAACCAAUACCAGUCGAACUAUCCGCAGGAGCCCCUGCAGGCGGGGAACAAUGUGGGCGGUGGCUGGAAGCACAUCGGUGCCCCGCUGCCCAAGACGAGGAGUGACUACACAGCCGGAGGACGAGGUGGCUCCCAACCACCCUUCCCGGGAUCCCAGCAGCAGCAGCAGCAGCCGUACUAUCAGCAGCCGCAGCAGCAGCAGCAGUACGGUGCUCCUUCCUACGAUGGCUACCAGCAGCAGCAGCCGCAGCAACCUGCUGCACCGUGGCAGCAGCAACAGCAACAGCAGCCGCAGCAACAGGUGCCACAGCAGCAAUAUCAGCCUCAAUCGCAGGCUCAGGCUCCCUAUCAGCCGGCACCACAGUGGAACCAGCCACAGCAGCAGCAGCAACAGCCACCGUACCAGAGUUCACCGUACCAACAGCAGCAGCAACAACAACUGCAGCAGCAGCAGCAGCCAUCAUCCUAUUACCCACAGCAAAACGGUGGCUCGACCUUUGCUCAACCCCAAUACAAUUCUUAUUCGCAGCCACAGGUGCCCUACUCGCAGGAUCAGACCGAUCUGCAGCAGUCGCAGCAGCCUGGAGGAUUUCCUGGCCAGGAUAACAGCUACCGGGGCGCCAGUCCUGGCAUCAUUACCCUGCGCAAGGAGGCUCCAGUCAGCCAGCAGCCUGCGCCAGUCUACACUUCGCAGCCUGCCGCCGUCAGCUAUCAGGGAGGCAGCAAAUUGCGCGGAGAUUUGAAGUGGCCACCACCGGAGUACAAGGAGGCCGCCGCCCGCGAGAACGAGGAACGUCGCCAGUUGGCGUUGGGCCCCGUCUGCCGUCCCAGGAGAGUCAACAGGGACUACACACCCUUCUUUGCCAAGCACCAGUUGAACAAUGGCUACCCCAGCUACAAAGUGCCACCCGGCACCCAGCACAUUUUCGGCUAAGCUGAGCGGAAAGUUGGGAGAGGAAAACAAGAAUAUAUAAUGCAACAAACAUCAGCAGAAUAAUCAAUGGAACCCACUUCAUAAUAAUACUGAAAACGAUCAUGUAUCUGUUACUAAAACGAAUCACUAACGAACCAAACACUAUAUAUAGGAUAUAUACAAUUGUUAUACUAAUCUUAAAUGACCACUAACGACGCCAUAUAUACGUUAUAUGUUACGAAACGAACCCGUGAAUAGGUGAAUGCAAUACUACAGCAGGUGAUUCCUCGCCGUGAGUCAUCAUCGGUAUUUCCGAGAUGAUGAAACUGAUCAUCUCUCGAAUCAUUUGAAUAUUGAGAAAGAUAUAUAGAUGAUGACUCGUGGCAUUGGAAGCCUGAUCCGGAUGCCCAAACGCUGGGCGAUGGAAAACGAUAUGUCUCUAUGUACCCAUACUAUAUACACAUAUUUGGAGCAUGUGCAUAUAGUAUGGCUAAAAUAGCAGAGCAGAACUAUAUACUAAACCAUAUAGCGUUAGAUUCUAAGAUGAUUGUUAAAACACUGUUAACUAGCAAAUGAAAUGGAUACGAUGCGACCCAAGACGGAAACUGAUAAUGAGAUUGAACCUUGUCUUAGUUAGUAAGAGCACUACUAAUUACUAUUUAUUGUGCGCAUAUUCUAUUUAACGCAGAUCCUGUGCGGCGAUCAGCUCAAGGAACCAUCCACCGAAUACAAAUUGUUAAUAUCGAUGCGUUCCUGAAAGAAAAGCAAACCGCACAGGAUACUCGAUGUUUAUUGUUUGAGUUUGCAUGCUUUUUGCUUAUAUCUAUACUAUAUGCACAUAUAUACAUACUUAUUUUGACAUUGUUAAACUGCAAAUUAUAAAAAAUCGAUCAAUUACACCCGCUAAGUUAGUUAUACAAAAAGGCUUAACGCCGAAACAAAUCUGUGAGUUCGUAAAAAUGCCAUUCAAGGAUAUCCACACAAAUCAUCGAGCUCGUUUGGACCGCUCCCCUCCCCCAAAAAAAUCCCCUCCCACCCGCUCAAGGUCGGCAUUUCAGUCCGCCCGCUGACCCCUGGCAAUAAUAUGAGGAUGCCUUUGCCUGCGGACGAACAGCCGCGGACUCAGUGCCUCGAUCUUGGCGGAUGGGGCGGGGAUGUGGCCGGGAUUGAGUACACGAACGGGCAAACAAACAAAACUCUCAGACUUAACCAAACAAUUACCAACUAUGACCAGCAAUGUCUAUUACCCAACUGUACUAUGAUGUAUAACUAAUGUGAAAUGAGAAACUAAAUAAACGGCAAGUUUUGAAUACUCGCGACGAGAAGAACUAA